AUGUCUUUCCUUCAAGAGCUAGACCACCUCAGAAUCCCAUUUGAUGACAUAAAAUCUGCCACCAACAACUUCUCCGACCAAAAUUGUAUUGGCCAAGGUGGAUUUGGGCCGGUCUACAAAGGUCAACUCCUCUCCUCCACCCGCUUAACUGAUCUUGUCGCUGUAAAGCGGUUAGAUCUGAAGGGCGGGCAAGGAGAACGUGAGUUUCUAAUGGAGAUUGUUAUGCUUGCUAGUUACAAACAUGACAAUCUUGUUUCUCUCGUUGGAUUUUCGAAUGAUGGUAAUGAGAAAGUUCUUAUUUACAAACACGAGGCUAAUGGAAGCCUCGACAACCAUCUCUCCUCUACAAAUCUUUCAUGGGAGCAACGUUUACGAAUUUGUGUUGGUGUUGCACGAGGACUUGAGUAUCUUCACGAUGGUGUGGGAGCGGGGCACAGGGUGCUACACCGUGAUGUAAAAAUUAUGUGUGUAUAA